AUGCGCCCAGACGAACACAAAGCCAAAGCGUCAAAACGUUGGAAAGCCAAGCACGGCAUACCACCGCGCGGUCCACAAAAGGACGAGGGAGGUGCAAGACGGGGAGAGACACCGGCCGGAAUCGCAGACCAGAUUUCAAAUACCAAUGUCGACUCUAACCAAAUAGUCGAGACGGAGGAACGGCCCCGGUCCAAGUAUGCCCGACGAAAAAUUGAGAGCAAUGCAUAUCGAUACCACGAACCUACACCAGCGGAGGUACUCGCAGCCGAUGAAGGAUUCGACCGAGAGACGGAGGAGUUGAGACGGCUGAUAAGAGAUGCAGAGGAAACGUAUGAUUCAUCCGUGUAUUUUCAGUUUCGGGAGGAGAAGGAGUUGCUUGGCGACGUGGAGGCGGAUGGGCGGGGAGAGAUGGAUGAGGUGUAUGGCGGUCUCCUCCAAAUCAAUUUCGAAGCCUUGGAGACCUCUUUGAAGCGUCUUCCUCUGCAUGUUAGACUCUCGUUGGACGAAAAAGAGAUUUUGUCGCCUCCGAAUGACAGUAACGUGGAUGUGAAAGUGUCAACUGCCAGUCGACAUGGUCCAAAGUCAAACCCUCAAAAUCCGUCCGUACAGACCAUUUCCAUAGAGACCAACAAGGCAGUAACCAUCGAACCACCUAUUGUGCAGAUACCUGCUCUCAAUAUAGCAAGACCUGAUGUCCCCGAGAAACGGAUCAACAAUGGACCAUUACAAUCAUCCCGCGCGUCCUCAUUUCUACCUCCCAUAAAGUUGCAACUGACACCACAGAUCCCAUGCGAGCCAGCGCACGUUCCGCCCACCACAUGUGAUGAUGACUUGGAUAUGCUGCUGAACCUUGAUCAGCCCGCCGAAGCUGUACCGCCGGUUCCCCAGCCUGCAAGCCAUGAGAACCGGACAGCGACAUUGCCAUCAAGUAGUGCAGAAGCGGAGGAUUUGAAAUGGUUGGAUGAUAUAUUGGGAUAAAUACCAAAUAGACGUGAAUCAGUCUUUGAUGAGACGUUCAUUCUUUUUGUUUGUGCUGAGCAAUCAUGCAAAUAACCUUUG